GAAUGGGCAUUUGGCAGAAACGGAAACUCCAACUCACAUUAAUUACUUCACAAGAGAGAGUGAUUAAAAUUUGCUCAAUUUUUAAUCGCCGAUCAAAUUCUGACGACCCCUUCGCGCCGCUCCGUCCCGCCCAGAUCAACAUCACACUUCGCCGGGAGCCGCCGCCGCCACUCUCCGAUCUGUUUGUACAAAUCAUCGUGAAAACAAGCUUGAUUUUCGUCGCGGUAUUGUGUCAGUUUUCGCUUAUCCUCUCGCUCUACAAUGGCGAGGGUUGCCGGAGGGAAGAAGUCCCCAAUUCGCGGGUUGCUUCUGCUGAUUGCGAUCGCUUCCUGCGGAAACGUAGCUUUUGCGGCGAGAUCUGAGAAGGAAACCAGGGAGCGGUUUUACGGGAAUUUAGUUAACUCGUCUGCGCCGGAGAAUGGAGAAGGCAGCAUCGCCAAAAUGUUUGGCCGUGUCCUCGACAAAGAGUUUUCGGAGAACGAUCAGCCUGAAGGUUCUGAUAAAAGCAGCUUUAACAGCUCUGUAGCUGAUCAAGAAGCUGUACUGGAGACUGUUGCGGUGAUUACACACGAUAAGAAAAAUGAAACGCACGAGGCAAAUGGUACAAAACCGUUUCAACUUCAAGAUGUUUUUUCCUUGGAAAAUGAAAACUCUGAAGAUAUGACAACAUUGAUAGACAAAAAGGACAAUGUCUUUGUUAUGUCGAAUAAGAAAUCAAAGUAUCCGAUGCUUCAAGUUGAUCUGAGGCUUAUUUCUGAUCUGGUGGUUGUUAUUGUCUCUGCUGCGAUUGGUGGAAUUAUUUUUUCGUGUUUGGGACAACCGGUUAUAGUUGGAUAUCUUCUAGCAGGUUCUAUAAUUGGACCUGGGGGUCUAAAAUUCAUCAGUGAAAUGGUACAGGUUGAGACCUUUGCCCAGUUUGGUGUUGUGUUCCUUCUUUUUGCUUUAGGUCUUGAGUUCUCUCUGGCAAAGCUAAAAGUCGUAGGCCCUGUUGCUGUUCUUGGAGGACUGCUUCAAAUAGCAUUCUUUAUGUUCUUGUGCGGCAUAACUGCAAUGCUUUGUGGAGCAAAACUGUCAGAAGGCAUUUUUGUCGGCUGUUUCCUCUCAAUGUCUUCAACAGCAGUGGUGGUGAAGUUUUUAGUUGAGCGAAACAGUAAUAACUCCCUCCACGGUCAAGUAACAAUUGGUACACUUAUAUUCCAGGAUUGUGCUGUUGGUUUAUUAUUUGCUUUGGUUCCUGUUCUUGGAGGCAAUAGUGGAAUUCUGCAAGGAAUGAUUGCAAUGGGAAAAGUGCUGCUGAUCCUAUCCCUCUUUCUCUCUGCUGCAUCUGUUCUAACUUGGUCAUUUGUUCCACGCUUUUUAAAGCUAAUGGUUCAGUUAUCUUCACAAACCAAUGAAUUAUAUCAACUAGCUGCAGUGGCAUUCUGCUUAUUAUCUGCUUGGUGCAGUGAUAAGUUGGGUCUCAGUCUUGAGUUGGGUUCAUUUGUGGCUGGAGUUAUGAUUUCUACCACCGACUUUGCACAACAUACAUUGGAACAGGUGGAACCCAUCCGUAACCUCUUUGCUGCUCUAUUCCUUUCUAGUAUCGGAAUGCUCAUACAUGUACACUUCCUGUGGACGCAUGUGGAUAUAUUGCUUGCAUCUGUUAUUCUGGUGAUUGUGGUUAAGACUGCUGUCGCUGCUACAGUUACAAAGGCAUUUGGGUAUAACAUUAGAACAUCGUUUAUUGUUGGACUGUUGCUGGCACAAAUUGGAGAAUUCGCAUUUGUUUUGUUAAGUCGUGCGUCAAACUUAAAUAUUGUCGGGGGGAAAAUAUACCUUCUUCUUCUUGGAACAACAGCUUUGAGUCUUGUAACAACUCCUAUCUUGUUUAAACUUAUACCUGCUGUGAUGCACUUAGGAGUUCUUAUGCAUUGGUUUCCACCUGAGGCUAUCCCACAAGAUGAGGAGAAAGCUGCCAUGAUAGAGGCACAUAACAGGCUAUUAUAAUGCGAGUACUUACUGAAUUAACCUACCCAUCCACUGUAACAGAGAAGCUUCAGCUAGGUAGCAUUAAAGGUGUGUAAGUACAUAUCACCAAGUUUUGGCAAGUGCUCAUUUGGUUCACAGCUGAAAGGUCAAAUUUCUUGUCUGUGUAUAUAUAUUACUACAUAUAAGGUACAUUAUGUAUAGUUUCGGGUUUUAUGAAAACAGCGAUUUCUGCCCGAACUCUGAAUUGGCAAAUUGUUGGUGUUAUUAAUGAGAAAUGUUAUGAGCAAUGUCAUCCUAAAAGUGCAAUUUGCAUCCCAAUAAUAGUCUGCCGUAUGU